AUGUUGAGGCGCAAUCUAAGGCGAAAUUUGAGUCAGGUAUUUUCCCGUCGCUACGCCUCGAGAAAUGCUACAGCUUUGCAGAAAUACCCGGUCAGUUCGAAACAUCAUGGAUUUGAAAUCAUCAAGACCACGACAAUACCAGAAUUUUCCUUAACUGCUGUAUUAUUGAAACAUGAAGCUAGUGGAGCACAACAUUUGCAUUUGGAUUCCGCCAAUGACAACAACAAUGUUUUUUCAAUAGCUUUCAAGACAAACCCACCAGAUGCUACCGGAGUCCCUCAUAUAUUAGAACAUACAACCUUGUGUGGUUCGAAAAAGUACCCAGUUAGAGACCCAUUUUUCAAAAUGACCAAUCGAAGUUUAAGUAAUUUCAUGAAUGCAAUGACGGGCCAUGAUUAUACAUUUUACCCUUUUGCAACGACAAAUCCCAAGGAUUUUGAAAAUUUAAUGGACGUGUAUCUUUCAUCGGUCCUUGAGCCGUUGUUGAACUACAAUGAUUUUAUACAAGAGGGAUGGAGACUAGAAAACUCUGUUUUAGAAAAUAUCAAAAGUAAUCUUGAAUUCAAAGGAGUUGUUUAUAACGAAAUGAAAGGACAAUACUCGAAUUCAAUGUACUAUUUUUACAUCAAAUUCUUGGAAUCGGUAUAUCCGACAUUGAACAACUCCGGGGGAGAUCCAACAAAGAUGAUCAAACUAACAUAUAAAGAACUAGUUGAUUUCCACAGCCGCAAUUACCAUCCAUCGAAUGCAAAAACAUUCACUUAUGGAGAUUUGCCAUUAGAGGGCCACUUGCGUCGACUUGACGAGUAUUUUAGAGGAUUUGAUAGGAGAACAGUGAGCUCAGAUGUCAAGGAACCUGUCUUUGUAACGGAUCCAAAACAAGUUUACGAGGUGACAGUACCAGGCCCAUUUGAUUCAAUGGUCAACAAAGACAUAUCGGAACAAUAUAAUGCAUCAAUCACUUGGUACUUGGGUGACCCGUUGGAUCCACUGAUGUAUUACAAUUUGUUCAAAUGGAAAGUUCUCGCUUCCUUGUUAUUCGAUGGCCACAAUUCACCACUUUAUCAAGAGUUAAUUGAGAGUGGGUUUUCCGAAGAUUUUUCUGCAAACACGGGAUUGGACUCCACAUCAGCUCUUUUUUCGAUCACAAUUGGUCUCAACUAUUUGAACAAGGAAAAGGUCAAAGAUUUGGAAUCAGUAAUCAUUAAAGUUAUCAAAGAUAACGUUAUACCAAAGUUGAAAGAGAAUGACGCAUCAUACAAUGAUAGGGUUGAGGCAUUGUUGCACCAAAUUGAGUUGGGAUUCAAGAGGCACAAGCCCGAGUUUGGGUUUAGUUUGUUGAGUUCGCUUGUUCCAUCUUGGGUAAAUGGUGCAGAUCCGUUGAAGGUCCUUACCGUUGAGGAAAUUUUGACUAAAUUCAAGAAAGAAUAUUCAGAAAGAGAAUUGGCCAUGUUUGAAGAGAUCUUGAAUGACACAUUGUUGAAUGAUGCAACUAAAAAGUUCAAAUUCACUAUGGAACCAAAACAGGGUUUUUCAAAAGAAUUGGGCCAAAUAGAGACUGACAAUCUAGAGAGCAAGAUCCGGGACUUAACGGAGAAUGAUCGGAAACAAAUCUACGAAAGAAAUAUAGAUUUAGCGAAAUCACAAAUGGAAGAGCAAAAUGCGGAUGUUUUGCCGUCUUUGACUGUGGAAGAUAUUUCCAAAAAGGGAACAUUUUAUGAUAUCGCUAUUACUCGUGCAAACAAUAAAGAUAUAAGUGAGAGAAUUGUUGAUACCAAUGGACUUGUCUAUGUAAAUGCAUUGAAGGAAAUGCCAUUUUUGUCAACGAAAUAUUACAAAUAUCUUCCUUUAUUCAACAGUUGUUUAACCAAUCUUGCUGGAACAACAGAGACAUCCAUUACUGAUCUUGAAACUAAAAUUCAAUUAGUUACUGGUGGGAUCUCUUUCAGCCACAAGAUAUCACCUGAUCCCUAUAAUAUAAACCUGAUGAAAUUACACUACCUGUUAGGUGGUGUAGCUUUGAAAGAAAAUGCUGCCAAUAUUUACCAAUUAUGGCGUGAAAUUUUACAAGAUACUCGUUUCAGUGAUGAUGAUGAUGUUUUGGAUAAACUUAACACUUUAAUCAAAAACAUGGGCCAAAACCAAAUUAACGCAGUUGCUGAUAGUGGCCAUUCAUAUGCGUGUGGGGUUAGUAAUUCCAAAAUCACACCUGCAAAGUACAUCAGGGAAGUUACCGGAGGAUUGGACCAAGUUCAAUUUGUUAUGGAAAUGAAUAGAAAUCUCGAAAGUAAAGGAAAAGACUAUUUGAGGGACGAAGUUUUGCCAAUAUUGAGAUCCGUGAAGGAGGCUAUCUUGCAAGGUGAUUUCAAAUACAGAGUAGUUGGAGACCUCGAAACGGUGAAAGAGAAUGAAACCUUGAUUGGCAAGUUUGAUGAGCAAAUAUCAUCUUCGACAACUAUACCUCCUACAACUGAUGGUCUUGACUCAUUACUUGAAUCUUUCAAGUACAACCACGCCUCGGAAAAGCAGUUGGUUAAUCUCCCAUUCCAAGUAGGUUACUCAUGUUUGGCCAAAAAGGGUACAUCAUUCUCAUCCAAAGAAGGUGCUGCUUUGCAAAUCCUAUCCCAAUUGUACACAUUCAAAAACUUACACUCCAAAAUUAGAGAAGCCAAUGGUGCUUAUGGAGGUGGUUUGACUUAUGAUGGAUUAGGAGGAACUCUUGACUUUUACUCCUAUAGAGACCCUAAUCCAAUCAAAUCUAUUCGGACAUUUGAAGAAUCGUUUGCAUAUGGACUCGAUGCUCAAUGGACUGAAAAGGAUUUAACAGAGGCCAAAUUGAGAGUAUUUCAAAGUAUAGAUGCACCUAUUAACAUUGCAAGUCAAGGUGCAACUCAAUUUUUUGAAGGUAUAAAUGAUGAUCUAAGACAGGAAAGAAGAGAGAAUUUCCUUAGCACCACUAUUCAAGAUUUGCAACAUGUAACGCAAAAUUACCUUGUCAACAACCCCGACAAUUUUGCAACAGUCAUUGGUGAUAAGGAAUUGUUUAAAGUUGACAACAGCUGGAACAUUAAAAAUCUCAAACUAUAG